AUGGAGUCUACCGAUGCAUCUUUCUUUUCAUCUCCCGGCUCGAUCGUGGUGGCCUUGGUAACAUUCGUCUUUUUGAUUCACCGAGCAUGGCCUUAUCUCGUUCAACAAAAGCAAAGUAUAGAGCUUGAUCAAUCCAUCGCGCCUACAGACAAAUAUUCAGACCUGACAGUGUCAAAAGAGCCCGAAAUCCCAGAAGGAUGGUGGACCGAUCGGGAUAUUUUCGAGCUCGAACGCCGCGCGCUCUUCAGCCAAAAAUGGAUCUAUCUUGCCCAUAUCACCCAAUUCAGCAAACCUGGCGCGUAUCAAUCUUUCGACAUUGCUGGCUAUCCCGUGUUUCUGAUCCGCGGAAAAGACGAGAAGAUCCGUGCUUUUCAUAAUGUCUGUCGCCACCGCGCGUAUACAAUUACCAGAAAGGAAACCGGUGCAUCGACCGUUCUGGGUUGUCGAUAUCAUGGUUGGAGCUAUGAUACUACUGGUCGACUGGUGAAGGCUCCUCAGUUUGAUGAGGUUCCUGGGUUUGAUAAGUCGCAGAAUAGUCUCUUUGAGGUUCAUACCCAUACUACUGACCAGGGACUGGUGUUUGUGAAUCUCAAUGCUGGCAAUCCGGUUGCGUUCGAUAGUUCAACUGCAUCAACUUUAAAGGACUUUGCGCGAACCGGUGCAUUGAGUGGCCGGUCCGCCUGGGUCACUGGUCAGACCUUGUCUGGGAAUUUUAAUUGGAAGAUGUCGAUCAAAGCUUGUCGUCUUGAGUCAUUUACCAAACAUCUGGAGCGAGGAAUGUCCGAAAUCUCUGGUGGUUCCGCCAUUAUGAAAGUGGUGAAAAAUAUGACACGGAAAGGCUCUCAAAAGGUGACUUCCGUAUUCCCAACGACAUUGCUGUAUUCAUUCUCUAGUAUGGACUUUGGUUUGGCUUUGUCUUUCUUUCCCGCUUCUGAAAUGAAGACGCAUAUUCGAUACGACCUCUUCUCCCGUUCCGUUGUGGGCCAAACCGAGGUCCAGAAAUUGUCGGAUGUUCUCCAGAAAGCCACGGAAGACUUGGCUCGGGAGACUGAAAAGGAAUACUCAACCGUCUCAAAGGAACAAGGGUCAGUUGCUAGCCAGUCCCGAUCUUUGCGACAAUCUUCAUUAAUCUGUUUGUUCUCUAGCUUUCCGUUUGAGUUCAAUAAUCCAUGCGCUCGCGAAAUUCUUAGUCGACUUCAGCAGCACACAAAGCUCGAAAGAAGUCAAGGUGGUCAGAUUCUCCCAGCCAUGCGCAAGCCAGAAGGAAGUAACCUGUUCCAGCAGGCUGAGAAAUUGUGCAAGGAAUUGGAUUGCGUGAGUAAUGGAUCCCACAAUGGUACUUCGUCAAGUGCACUCGACUGGUGA